AUGGCAGCUGCAGCUUCCACUUCAAUGGCGGCCACCGCCGUGUUGACUCACCGCCUCCCGGCGACAAGGAGCAGCGCCGUUUUCUGCCCCUUACCCCAACGCCCUUCUCUCUCGUCCGCCGCCCCGCUCAAGCUUCUGCUCAAAGAUUCCAGGAGGUCCUCUCAGCUCUUAGUUAAAGCCUCGUCAUCUGACGAGAGCCCUGCUGAUGCGAAUGAAUUGUUCACAGACCUGAAGGAAAAGUGGGAUGCCGUUGAGAACAAAUCGACUGUGCUUACUUAUGGUGGUGGUGCGAUUGUUGCUGUUUGGUUAGCGACCGUUGUUGUUGGUGCAAUUAACUCAGUCCCUUUGCUUCCAAAAGUCAUGGAAUUGGUUGGCUUAGGAUACAGUGGCUGGUUUGUAUACCGUUACCUUCUCUUCAAGUCAAGUAGAAAAGAACUGGCAUCAGACAUAGAAGCUCUGAAAAAGAAGAUUGCUGGGACAGAGUAA